AUGUAUUCAAUGCCAAGUAAUUAUUGCCCAAGUCCCAUACGAUUAAUGCCAGCAUGUCCAAUGGUCCCAUCAAGUCCAAUGACUGGUGUUCAAACAUUUUAUAUAACAAUGCCGUCGGACGCUGCUGCAGCUAUGUUUUUCGAUCCAAAUUUAGCUGCUGUCCAACAACAACAUCAAUCACUAAUGAUGCAACAUGCUGCACAUCAAUCUUCCAUGUCACCUUAUCGCCAUCUACAGCAACAUCAUCAAAUGCUUGUUGGUAAUAAUACGAAUAACAGUGACUCGUCCAUGCAACAUCAUCCAUUUCAAACGACACCAUCAGCAUUUUUCAUGGCAGCUACAGCACCACCAACAUCACCUGGUGGAGCAUUUUUUCAACAACAACUUGCUUCACCUUUACCAUUUUAUAUGCGUCCAAAUGGACAAACGAUCAGUCAAGCACAAAUGAUGCCUGGUAAAAUGGCUCCAUCGACAUCAACGAUGCCUGUAUCUGCUCCAUCGCCACUAACAGUAAUAACAACAAGUACAGCAACAACAUCAAAUGCAAGUUCACCACCACCAUCAUCGACAACAAACGCAACACAUUCAAGCGGCAAUGACCUAGGAUCGACCUCAGACAAUUCAAAUACAAAACGACUUUCACCUAUUCCUUGUGCUUUACUUGAAGACGAUACUAUGAUUAAACCAUCACGAUCAGUUACUGGUAAAGCUAUUGCUUCAUUAGCCAGUAAGCUUAGUGAUCUACUUCGUGCAUGCACAUGGUCAUUACCCAUACAAGAAGAACUAAUGGAAUUAGUUUCUAUUGAAGAUGUCUCUCAUGAUAUUCUUGUAAAUGCAACAAAUUAUUUAACUGAUGUUGCAAUUUUUCUUGGCCUACGUUUAAUUAAAUUAAUGUUACCAGUUGAGUCUGUUGCUGAUGAAUUAUGGAAUGUUUUAUGGAAAAAUCGUGUUUGUUAUUUAGGAGCAGACAUUCAUCAGACAUUGAUUGCACAUACAUUUGAAUGUUUUGCAAUCAAACCAGCAUAUGGCUACGGUGAAUUACUUGAUGUAUUAAUUGGUCGUUUAGGCGAUCGAUCAUUCGAUCGUAAAUUAAUGAAUCGUAUUGUACGAUUAUUUCUUAAAGCAUCUUGCUUAAAAAAAUUUCGAGAAACGCCUGACGAUGUACUUGUUUCACUGAGUGAAAAUAUCACAAAUGUACAUGAAUUUGAAAUGCGACAUAAUACAACUAUUGUUCGAUUAUUACUUAUAGAAGGAUUCCAUUUCGAGCCUGAAGAAUACUCAGAAUUAAUCGUUGGCAAUGACUCACUUGUUGAUUAUAUCAAAAGUUUUAUAGAAAUUUGGUAUUCAAAUUACAGUUUAACAAUGUGUAUCGAUGAUUUAAUGGUCGCUCGUGAACGUGCACAUGAUCCAUUUAAACUUAAAAGAUUCUGUGAUGAAAUGGAAGCAUUUAGAUUAUAUACAGAAGUUGAAGCUAUGACACCAAUUUCAAUUCUUAAUUCACUUCAAACAGUUGUUAAUAUGUUAAGUAUUGUUCAUAAUGAGCAUGAAUGGCAUAAUCGACCUUCGACUUAUAAUCCACGUUUAACUGUUCGAGCUAAACGUACAAUAAAAAAACCUUUUGGACAUGGAAAUUUAUUGUUACCACAAUAUCAUCAUCAACGACAAAAUAACGAUUUCGAAAGUGAUUUCUAUGGCGAUUACUAA